AUGUUCAGAUGGCGUAGAUUCUCCACGAAUCUAUUUUUGGUCACCGCCGCUGUCGGGGCUUUCAUAUUUACGGUUAGACAGAUUGAACACAGAUUCUCCAAGCCGGUUCAUCACGGCUACCAUUCUGAGCAUCCGAAAUUCCGGAAACCAGACUAUGUAUCGCAUAUCGAUUGCCGAAGACUAUUCGAGAAAGAUGAGAAAUAUUUGGAAAGCUUGCUCUAUACGAAUAAGCUGAUCAAGAGAUCGUUGGAUAACAAGCUGCUGCCGAGGAUCGUGGCAAAGGAAGAACCAUUUGAAGACAGCUGUCGAAAACUUCGAGAUCGAAUUAUUGGCGACCACCCGGCGCCGUAUCUGAACUAUUCAAUAGCUUUUGCAAGGAAUAUUUAUGCGGACUACGAGUCGCUCCAAAUUCUGUUGUCAGCGACGUACAGUCCCGAAAAUCAUUACUGCUAUCACGUCGACGUCAAAGCUACUCAAAAAUUCAAGGAUCAGAUUGCAAAAUUGGAGCAAUGCUUUCCGAAUAUUUAUGUGACUAAAGAACAAUACAACGUGACCAGUGACGGCAAAAACAACAACAUUGCGCACUUGAAAUGUAUGGAAAUACUGCUGGAAAAGCCUGGAUGGGAGCACUUGAUUUUACUACAGGCUCACGACCUGGUGGCGCACACCAAUUCCGAGUUGAUGAAGAUGCUCAAGCUUCUAAACGGGACUAACGAUUCAAAUCUUAGUGGCAUGUUAUGGAAUCGAGUACCGCCGGGUCUAUCUUUCGACGUUAAAGACUUAAAUUUGUGGACAAAUUACACGACUCUAACCUUCGACGAGCGCAAAAAUGCUAGGCUAGAAUUUGCAAAGGGCCUGGAAGAAGCCACUUAUAUAAGGCCAGCCAUCCAAUGGUUAGUCAAGGAAAUUAAUGUCACGACACUGAUGGACCAUUUUAAUAACGGACACCACUCUGUCGAUGAGCAGCUCUUUGCCACAUUUCUGAACUCCGAAACGCUGCGAAUGCCAGGAGGGUAUCACAGUGCUUGCAUGAAAAAUCGACCUGAUGGCUUCUUUACUUAUAUAACAAGACAUACCCGAUGGUCUUUCGAGGGACAUAAAAAUUGCAAUGAGCGGCAUAUGAUAUGUUUAUACGGGAUUGAGGAUUUAGAGGAUGCUAGGCUCACCGCCCGUCGUGUCAUCUCCCUCAACAAGUUCAUCGGGUCCUUCGAUUUUGCUGCAAUAACGUGCAUGGCCGAGAGUCUUUUUAACCGAACACAUGGAGGCGAUGAAUAUUUCGACGUCGAGCAUAUCGCCAAUCAUUCAGGGAAUCGCUAUCAACGGGCCACCCGGCUGCCGGGCUUUGAUCUCAAGAAUUUCACUUCGUUCGUGGGAGGAGCCGCCGCUCAAUGCCCUUCAAACUGGACCCAAAUUUCGAAUCUAUGCGUUUGGUAUUCCGGUAACACGUACAGGAGCUGGGACGACUCGCAAGCGUAUUGCAAAUCCGUCGGUGGGCAGCUGGCCGGCAGCUACAACAAGUCGAUUUUGCCGCAGCUGCAAAAACUUGUCACUGCGCCGUUAUAUCCGGCGUGGACCGGCCUUUUCCGAACCAAUGCCACGGCUAGCUGGAAGUUCAUCGACAAGACAUCGGCCCUGUAUUUAGCUGGACAAUGGGCUCCAGGUCAACCUGCCGCCGGCACGGGCAAUUGUGGAGGCGUCCAAACCACCGGACUUGCCGCCAUUAGCUGCAAAUAUGUUCAGCCCUUCCUCUGCUCCCAGAAGAUUGCUACCUGCCCGAGUAAGAACUACACGACAAGCACCGGAACUGUAACCUCUCCAAAUUACCCGCUGAAUUAUGCCAACAACGAGCACUGCCGGCAAUACAUUGUUGCACCCGCUGGAUACUACGUGACGCUAACGUUCAACGCCUGGCUUGUCGAGAGGAACUACGACGUCGUGCUCAUCUGGGAUGGUUAUGCCCCGAACGUGAAUGCUCAACUUAUCGCAAACAUUAGCGUCGAUCCCACCAAUGCCACCGUUUCUCAAUACAAAGACGGAUUCCAGACCUAUUCCAACAUCAUGACCAUCGAGUUCAUCAGCGACAGCAUCGUCAACUACAAGGGAUGGUCAGCGUCGUACAAGAUGUUGGCUCCACAAGUUCCGGUCUACCAAAACGGCUCCUCGGGCACGAUGACCAGCCCGAAUUACCCCGGCCAGUACAUGAACAACCUCGAGCAGUAUUAUCAGGCCGUCGCGCCGGAUGGCAUGCAGAUCUGCACCAGCCUUAGCUACUUUGACACCGAGCUAAACAAGGAUCGGCUGGAGAUGUAUGAUGGGCCAAACUCGACGUAUCCGCUGAUUGGGAACUUCUCCGGCCACUCGGUCGCACUCCCCUCAACGCGCCAAACAACCGGAAACGUGUUGACAAUGUUCUUCUACACCGACUACUCCCUUGUCUACAAGGGGUUCAGCAUGGAUUGGGGUGUUUGC